CAGCUCCAUUUAGCACCUGGCAGUAACAGUAGCUGAGAUCCAAAUCCAGACAAGGCUAUGCACCACUGUGCUCUAAACUAAUUUCCUUUAAUUUGGUAUUUCCAAACGACUCUGAAGUGCCUAGCAUAAGCAUGGGCUAUAAAGCAAGGAAACUGUAGCACUACCCAGGAGGCAACCCUGACACCUCAUGGGGGGCCACUCACUGCCUCUGUGAUGUUGGCACUUCUGAACAAGAAUAUGGAAGUUGCACAUAAGCACAAAACUGCACGAAGGACUAACUUAUCCUACUGAAAGCUGCACUGCCCAGGUGGCACCAGAAUCUGAAAACGUCUAUUUCUUUUCCAGCCCCACAGUCUGAUUGCUAAAUAUAGCUAUCUACACAAUUAAAUAUUUAAAGAAAAAAAGCAGCCAAUAAACAUGAAGCAGUCUUCCCACUCAAGACAGUUUGUGGUUAAUAGAUGUUCUUAGCAACUCCAAACUGCCAUCAUCACUCUAAGCAGCAGAAACUGUAAAUGACAAAGCAAGUUUAGCUUCCUCUGUAUCAGAGAAUUCCUCAGUGGUAACAAAGCUCUAAGAUACAUUCUCCUCUCUAUGCCAUAUACCACUUUCUACUGCAGGAUGGGAAGUUUUCCAGCCCUGCUGCUCCUGCUAGUGCUACCAGGAUCACACAUGGCAGGAGAGGACACGCAAGUGUUUCUGCAAGUACAAGGAGAGUCCUUCAGAGCUAACUGCUCAUAUGACACGCACAAGCACUCACAUGAGAAGAAAUUCUGGUGCAAGGAACAAUCAGAAAAAUAUUGUUCAGUCUUAUCCUUGAGCUUCCCUUCAGAAGAAAGGAUUGGUCCUAACCGUGCACUGUACCAUCCAGCUGAGCUGAGAGACUCUGGAGGCGGUUGGUUUUCUGUAAUCAUGACAGCACUUCGAAAAGAGGAUUCUGGCACAUAUCAGUGUGGAGUUUGGGUUGAAAUGAAGCAAGUUUUGCUGCAAAGAAUACAGAUGGUGGUUUCACCUAAGGAACCUGUAACAGUAUUUGCCAAAAAAGGGAAAUCUCUGUUCCUCCACUGCUCCUAUUCCAUGACAAUCAACAUCGGAGAACUUCAACGUUUUAUUUGGUGCAAAAUGGUGUCCCAAAUUACUUGUCAACCUAUUAUCAGAGGUAACGCUGAUCAAAGUAUUGUUAAAGCAGAGAGGACUGAAAUGAUGAAUGACUUCUCAUGGAAAAUGAUUAGAAUGUGGCUGAAAAAGCUCCAACUUAAUGACUCAGGAGAGUAUCAUCUUGAGAGCCAUCUCCAGGGGAGAAACAAACUACUGAGGAGGAUUGUGCUGAAAGUUUUGGCCAGUGCAGAAAGCAGCAAAACAGAACGCACUGAGUGGAAACAAUCUGAUCUUUCUGACCUGACUGAAAAACACCGGAGGGGAGGGGAAAAAUGGAAUAUAGAUGCCAGCCCCACAGACAACAGCAGAAAGGACCAGAGGACUCCCUAUGCUGUCAUGGUGCUGAUUUCCUUACUAGCUACAGCUGCCCUGAUCGCUACUGUUAGGCUCAUCACCAGCUGCAUGGAGAAGAAAAGGGCAGGAAAAGAGGUGGACUUUGACAGACAUUCUGCUUUCAGAAAGGGAGUGCUGCAGAAAGGAAGAAAAAAAGCAAAUAGAAUGCCAGAUGGGGACCACAGUGAGAGUACGAUAUAUGCUGCAAUAAGGCACCAACCUCAACCCAAACCUGAAGAUGUUAUGUAUGUCAACAUACAGCCUUCACCGAAAGUUUUCUUCCUUCAGGAACCACCAGGGACCUCAGAUCCCCCAGGGCCUGUGGAAUAUGCUACCCUUAUCUUUAAGGACACAACUCCACAAUCUGAAAUUGAAGAGAGAAAAACAGGUCCACUGAAAGAAAGCAGCACAAAGCCUUCAGCUUAUUGAUGGAACGCUGCUGAACUGAGCUUAGAAACAACCUGCUUGUAACCAAUUGCUGGAGAUGUGUACACACAGGAUUGCUGAAAGGAUGAGACACAUGGAUGCACAAAUCUUCCCUGAAAAACAACCAAAGUUUUCUAAUAGCACAGCAGAACAAUUCAGCACACAGAACAAUUCAGCUAUCACUGAACAAACAUUGUGAAAUGCUGUGGCAUAUUCGCUUUCUGUACAAGGCUCUAUUUUUAAGCAAUGAGCAACUGUAAGCCCAACUUCAGGAAACAGGCUGUCUGUGAUAGCAGCAGAUCCAGUGCCACAGCCAGCAAUGGGCUGCGAGAUAUGGGAGCACAGCACUUCCGUUUGGACUUCCAACUCACUUAAAUAUCUGCAUGUGAAAUGUUAAUUACAGCCCACUGAUUAGGACCAAAACAGCAAAGUGGUAAAGUACCAGCUGAAUUUUAGCACAGAAGUUGUUUUGCGUACUUUAGAGAGACAAGUAAUGCUCUCCAUGUUUCACCAAACCAGGGCUUUGCUGAAUAGUAUUUGCCCACGUAAGAUGUCUUCAGUCUGAACACACAGUUGCAGAAUUCAGACUGUAUGUAUAACUUUGGGUUUACUUGCCUUCUCUGCUUGUUUAUUAAUGCCACAACCAUGCUACAGUAUAACUCUGUCUU